CAGCGCACGCGCGGAAACACGGCGCUCUUUUUUUGUUUACGUUCAAAAUGGAGCCCGCUUAGAUUUUCAUGAGAUUUCUCAAAGUUCUGACGGAAUCUCUCUGAAGAGCUCACGGACGUCACCAAGGAUCUACACACACACACAGUACAAGAGGUUGUUGAUUCCUUCAGUCACGCAGCUCUUCGUGUUCAUCACGCCAUGUUACCUGCGAGGACAAUGACGUCCAUGACGGCGUCCAAGAAGGCUGCAGCUGCAGCGAAGGUCAAGAACAAGAUCCUCAACACCUCCUCCUUCUUCAGGGUCUCCUUGAAGACCAACAACAAGGCCUUAGCCAGAGCGCUGGAGGCGCAGAAGGAGAGGAGCAGCCUGCUGGAGAAGGAGAUCGUGUACCUGCACAGACAAGUGGAGGCUCUGUGCUUCGAGCUGGCCACCAGGAAAUACAAGCACAGGAAGCUGCUCCUCAUCUUGAAGAAUCUCCAUAGCAACACUCUGGAGCACUUGGACAUGGUGGCUGACCUCUUCUAUGACAGUGAUCUUCCUAAACUACGUGAUGAAGUCACGACCUUAUGUGGUGACCCUAAAGAAGCAAAUCUUGUAGUGAGAAGUCUCACAGAUCAGUUACCUGCUCAGCCACAAGUUUCAGGUACUUUGUUGUGUCCCCUACAAAAAGUAACUGUGGACUUACCUGAUAAAAACAUCUGCGCAAAUGUUCUCAAUAUCCAGAAUCGACCCAGAAACUCCACUGAUGCCUGCAAUGAUAACAGAGAUGCUGAGAAAAGGCGUUCAAGCCUGCGUACACAGACAGGAACACUGUCAAGCAACCUAAGAGAUGAAGUAGAGAGGCUGUCAAUGAUGUUUUCUCAGCCUAGGUUUGAUAUGACUUCAGUCCCAUGUCCUCGGAACAGUCAAACCUCCUCCUCAUGUGAAAAACCCAAGCCAGCUCUCGCUGAUGAUGUUCACCUUCCAAGUAGCUCAGUCAUGGAAACUGAACCGGCACACAGUAACAAAGAAGAGAAGACUGUGCUCCUAAAUACAACAAUGGAGAUGACUCUAAGUAAUCCUGCUGAAAUAGUCUUUGUGGAAACCAAGGCCAACAGAACAGGCCGUGUCGGCAAGCCGAAAGGCAAGAAGAAAAAGGAGCAGGCCUGUGGGUCAAGUGAGGCUGAGAAUCCACAAGUGAAGAACUCUGAAGAUUCUACGUUCAGUGAGGCUCCCACUGGCACUUUGUUACAGGCAGAUGACCAUGCUCCAGAGGACAUUAGAGGCUCAGAGGUUAUUGAGCUUCAGUCACACAAAACACAGAGUGUCUCUACAUCUCGUAUACCCAAAUGGAGCAAGUCUGAAGCUGGCAACCAUCAGAGAAGGGUCAAAUACCAAAUCAAGUCAAAAGCAGAGUCCUGUGACGUUAUCUUACCAGACCUGGGCGAUUAUUUUACAGAUCCUGAAAUUCAAAUGUCAAAAGCCAGAGAAAGUGUUAACUUGAAUACUGAAGAAGAAUCAAGGUCCAAAAUCACCUGCAAGAGGUCCAGGAGUAAAGGAAGGAAGGUGUCCUCGUCUACCAGGACACCCUCUUUUGUCCCUUUCCCUUUACCACUGCAUGAAAGUGAGAGCAGUGUGUCCAAACUGGAACAUAUCUGUAAUGAGGUGGAAGAAGAACACGUGGGCAGUAAACUCCAGGGCAACAUGAAGACAACUUCAAGAUGCAGAGGGACGUUUGUUAUCUCCAUGGACUGUGAUGACACGGCAUCAAACAGAACAUCAGCAGAAGUGCACGCUGUAGAACAGGACUUAACACCUUCUACAGCUUCCUCCUACUGUGAGGCAGACAGACUGUCAACAGUAAUAAAUAAAAGAGUCAUGUGGCAACAUUCAGACUCAAACACACCCAGGUGCAGCGAUGGACCCUUUGUUGAGGAAACACAGAGCUCCUGUAAGCGUCCGUGGCUGGCCACGCAGGAUUCUGGAAGCCCUCGAGAUGAUUUGAGUAGCAGCGAUAACCAUGAAGUCCUCCUGCUGGACCCCGGCUGCACUUCAGGAACAGAGUUUCAGAAACCUAAAAAAGCCAGGAGAGAGGAAAAGAGUCGAUCCAGUAAGAAGAAAGCUUCACAGAGGGAGGACUGUGUCGUUCAAGUAAAUGAGAGGAAGAAGAAGAAAAAAAGUAACCGUAGCAACAACAGGUUGAGAUCUGAGGAGGAUGAAGCAUGCUCUCUUGGAGACCACAUUGAUGCUCCUGAAAAAAAUAAAGAUCAAUUAGAUGACACAAUGGUACAAGUGGUUGACUCACACUCUGACAUCAAUGAAAAGGAUGACAUCUCUGGAUGUUCACGUGAUUUAAAACCCAACAGGUCAAAGUCCAGAACGAAGUCAAAUCCAAAGCUGUGCAGAAGAGCAACCAAGCUGCUCACAGAAAGCAGAAAUCUGAGGGAGACGUUUGUUGUCUGUCGGCGUAAAACUCAAGACGGUGUUUCACUAAACAACCCGAGGACGUCUGAUGUGUUCCACGCCUACAGUCACACGAUGGACACCAGUGAUGAGGCAGUUCAUCAGAAUCUUGGAGACCUGCUGACGGACGAGAUGCCACCGUGGCUGGCCAUGGACGUCAGCACUGUUGAUAAUGAGGUGGACACCUUUUUCGCCACUCCCAGCAGGGAGACCUCACACAGGGCAACAAUGCUGGACGAGUCUCCUGCUGUCACAACUGAAGCCUCUCCAGGAAGAGUCUUAACAUCACUCACCAACACCAUUGCAAACCCUGACAGUGAAAAAGGAGGGAGACUCAGGAACCGAGGUGGCAUGGUCAGUUAUAAGGAGCCGGCCCUCAACAGCAAAAUCAGGCGUGGAGAUAAGUUUACCGACAGCAUGUUUUUGAGCUCGCCGGUGUUCAAGGAUCGCAAGAAGAAGAAACAGAAGAAGACAGAAACCAACCCAAAGAUGAAAAGUUCCAUUUUGACGGACUGAUUAUUUUUCUUUGUCCUUAAGCUGGCUCGUUUUAAUAGUUGGUUUUCUUUUAAAGUCUCCAUCUUUUUAGUCAAAGUUCAAACAGACCAGAUGGAAUAAAUGUGUGUUCGUGCAGUAUUUAAUUGCAAACAUUGAAACCAGUCUGUAUGUUCUGAUAACUGCUGCACCGCGUAUUCCCAGUGAUGUGUGGACGGUAAUUGUCUUAGAGAUUGACAGGAGGGUUGGUCAUCCAUCUGGUCAUUCAAUCCAGGCUGUUCACCUGAGAAGUCUGUUCCACAUCGCUGUGAAAGGUUACCAGAUACAGUGUAGCAUGACUCCAGCCAACUCCUUUUUUGUCCCAUCAUGUAAACUGAAGGUCUGUAAGCUGUUUUUGCUCCUCAACAGUUAACAGUUGUGCAGAAUUGUGUGGUGAGUACAGAUGUUUGCAUGUCAAAGUUGUUUUAGAUAUUCCAUUGUUGUUGUUGUUGUUUUGUUCAUUAAAGUGUUAUUGCACAGGA